AUGACCAAUUCGACCACCUCACCCAACGGCGCUGCGGCCGACUGGAACCCGUCAUCCUGGCGCUCAAAGCCCAUUGUGCAGGCCAUCAACUAUCCCGACCCCACUGGCCUUGAUCCAGCACUUGACAAGCUUCGCAACGUGCCCCCAAUCGUGACUCCCACUGAAAUCACGAAGCUCCGUUCCCACCUCAGGCGGGUUGCUCUUGGCGAGGCCUUCUUGCUUCAGGGUGGAGAUUGUGCCGAGCUCUUCUCCUACUGCCAGGAUGGCGCUAUUGAUUCCAAGAUCAAACUCCUACUCCAAAUGUCAUUGGUUCUGAUUUGGGGCUCCAACAAGCCGGUUGUCCGCAUCGCACGCAUGGCCGGCCAGUAUGCCAAGCCGCGCUCAAGCGCCAUGGAGAAGGUCGACGGCGUCGAGAUGCCGAGUUUCCGUGGUGACAUUCUAAACGGCUUUCCCCAGGACCAGCGGACUCCGGAUCCCGACAGGCUUGUCCAGGCCUACUUCCACUCUGCUGCCACGUCCAACUACGUCCGGGCACAGCUGUCCAGCGGCAUUGCUGACCUGCACAAUCCAUUCGAUUGGAGCCUGGGGCACGUUGGAGACGACAAGUUGCAGGAGCAGUAUUCGAAAAUCGUCGGCAGCAUAACCGAGUCGCUGCGCUUCAUGCGCACCAUUGGCGCCGAUACUGCUGGCCAACUGGAGACUGUCGAGCUCUACACCAGCCAUGAAGGCCUCGUGCUCGAGUACGAAGAAGCUCUCACGCGCCGCCUUCCUCGGCCAAGGAACGCUGGAGCCCGGACCCAGGUUCCUCCCGGCGACGACGGCAAGGCCUGGUACAACACGUCUGCGCAUUUCCUUUGGGUCGGCGAUCGCACCCGCCAACUGACCCACGGCCACGUCGAGUACUUCCGUGGUAUCGAGAACCCUAUCGGCAUCAAGGUCGGGCCGUCGAUGAAGAACGAAGAACUCAUCGAGCUUCUCGACAUCGUCAAUCCGGACAAGGAGAUUGGCAAGGUUACUCUCAUCACGCGCUAUGGAGAGGACAAGGUGGAGAAGAUGCUCGGAGGACAUAUCGAAGCCGUGCGGAACAGCGGCCAUGUCGUGGUCUGGCAGUGCGAUCCUAUGCAUGGCAACACGCGUUCCACCGAGUCGGGCAUCAAGACGCGCCACUUCUCUUCCAUUUUCUCCGAAGUUGCUUCUGCCCUCAAGAUCCACCAGCAGCUUGGAUCAUUCCUCGGAGGAGUGCACCUCGAGCUUACUGGCGACGCGGUCACCGAGUGCCUUGGCGGCAGCGAGGGUCUUGGAGAAGCGGAACUGAGCUUGAAUUACACGACUUACUGCGACCCGCGUCUUAAUGAAAAGCAAGCGCUUGAGCUGGCUUUCCUGGUUGCCGGUCACUUUCGGGGGAAAGAGGGUAGUAAGUGA